AAACGUUUAGUUCACGAGCUGUUGAUCCCGGAAGUGGGGACGUGAAUUUGGGUCUAACUUUACGCACAGCGCAGCGCGUGCCCUGUUCCUUUAAAAGGCUGAGCUCGCCGGCCCGUGUUUGGCUCAGCUGUGUGUACGUGGGAGCGUAUUUCCCAGCAGUGACAUGGCAUAGACGCGGAGUGCAGCAGGAGCAUCAUCACCGGAGACCAUGGAGGCUCUACAGCCGAGGCGGAGCGGAGCCAACGCCGCGCUGCGAGUGGCGGCGGCCCCCGCCUGGAUCCUCCUGAGCGCCGUACCGGGACUGCGGGCGGAGAACGGCGGAAUGGAGGAGCUCGUCACGGAGAAGGAGGCAGAGGAAAGUCACCGACAGGACAGCGUCAGCUUGCUGACAUUCAUUCUGCUGCUGACACUAACCAUCCUCACCAUUUGGCUCUUCAAGCACAGACGGGUUCGGUUCCUUCACGAAACCGGACUGGCAAUGAUUUACGGUUUGCUGGUGGGUGUCAUUCUGCGGUACGGCAUCCCCGCCACCAGCUACCACAACAAGACCCCGCCGAGCUGCUCGCUGAAGGAAGGCCCCGCCAGCACCCUGCUGCUGAACGUCAGCGGCAAGUUCUUCGAGUACACCCUCAAAGGAGAGAUCAACUCUCGAGAGAUUCACAACGUGGAGCAGAACGACAUGCUGCGCAAGGUGACCUUUGACCCGGAGCUUUUCUUCAACAUACUGCUUCCUCCAAUUAUUUUCCACGCUGGGUACAGCCUGAAGAAGAGACAUUUCUUCAGGAACCUGGGCUCCAUCAUAACAUACGCGUUCCUCGGCACUGCCAUCUCAUGCUUUGUCAUCGGGAACAUGAUGUACGGCGUGGUGAUGCUGAUGAAAGCAGUUGGUCAACUGACCGACAAGUUCUACUACACGGACUGCCUUUUCUUUGGUGCCAUCAUUUCUGCCACAGACCCGGUGACAGUGCUGGCCAUCUUCAACGAGCUCCAUGCAGACGGGGAUCUUUACGCUCUGCUGUUUGGAGAAAGUGUGAUGAACGAUGCAGUGGCCAUUGUGCUUUCCUCAUCUAUUGUAGCCUACCAGCCCAGUGGAGCAAACACACACAUGUUUGACGCCUCCGCCUUCUUCAAGUCCGUGGGUGUUUUCUUGGGUAUUUUCAGCGGCUCCUUCGUGAUGGGGGCCACCACAGGGGUCGUCACUGCUCUCGUCACUAAGUUCACCAAGCUGCACUGCUUCCCGCUGCUGGAGACGGCCCUGUUCUUCCUCAUGUCGUGGAGCACCUUCCUGCUGGCCGAGGCCUGCGGCUUCACGGGCGUCGUGGCGGUGCUGUUCUGUGGCAUCACACAGGCCCACUACACCUACAACAACCUCUCAGGGGAGUCCACCAAGCGCACCAAGCAGCUCUUUGAGGUCCUUCACUUUCUGGCGGAGAACUUCAUCUUCUCCUACAUGGGUUUGACUCUCUUCACCUUCCAGAACCACAUUUUCAGCCCCAUCUUCAUCAUCGGAGCUUUUCUGGCAAUCUUCAUUGGACGAGCUCUGAACAUCUACCCGCUCUCCUUUCUUCUCAACCUGGGGAGGAGGGUCAAGAUCAGAGGAAACUUCCAGCACAUGAUGAUGUUUGCAGGUCUGCGUGGGGCGAUGGCGUUCGCUUUGGCUAUUCGAGACACCGCCACCUACGCCCGCCAGAUGAUGUUCACCACCACCCUGCUCAUCGUCUUCUUCACCGUUUGGGUGUUUGGGGGUGGAACCACACCCAUGCUGUCCUGGCUGCACAUCAGAGUUGGAGUGGAUCCAGAUCAAGACCUGCAGCCUUCUGCAGACAGUUUCCAGGUCCUGCAGGGGGACAGCACUCAGGGGGAUGGACAGAGUAAAACCAGGCAGGAGAGCGCAUGGCUCUUCAGGUUUUGGUACAACUUUGAUCACAACUACCUUAAGCCCAUUCUGACCCACAGUGGUCCCCCCCUCACCUCCACCCUGCCCGGUUACUGCGGCCCGCUGGCGAGCUGCCUGACCACUCCACAGGCUUACGAGAAUCACGAGCAGCUGAGGGACCCAGACUCUGACCUGAUCCACAGCGACGCUGACCUGACCUUCAUGUUCGGCGACACUUCCAUCACGGCCAACGGCGCGUCGGGCAGAGCGGACGCCGCCGGGGAGCUGGGCUGGAGCGCAAACGGAAAGCGGAGCGGCAGCACGUCGGAGGAGGCGCUGGAGCGCGAGCUGGACUCCCGCGAGCAGGAGCUGCUGAGCCGCGGCACACGUCUGGUUUUCCCCGUGGAGGAUCACAUCUGACUGUGCCCAGACCCCCCCACCACCCCUUACCUGCUUGAGCUGCCAGCCUCCCUCCAACCUGACUCCCACACCACUUCGCCAACAGCUGCUGCCGCGCAGGUCUUCAUGGAUGGUUUUGAUGCAGGACUGAGCUGCCUGAUGGGGCAGAAGGUGCUUCAUCCUCAUGACUCCGGGGGGGGGGGCGGUGAUUGAUCUCAAGGAGACGCCGGAGGAGGAGAAUCCUCCAAGCCCCCUUAGAGAUUGUUUUGCACUGCAGAAGAAGAUGCAAAUAUGUUGUCUGCAUGUCAGAACAGAUGAGUCUUUGUGGUGCAAAAAGGAGAAGACUUCAUCUUCUCUCAUCCAAAAACCUUCAUUCCAUCCGUUCACCUGCAGCUGCUGCGCGUCCGGCACCAUCGGACAGCAGAGGAGAAGAAUUCAAGCAUGUAAAUAGCUUCCAGGCUGAUGUUUGGCUGAACUGCUUCUUCUUCUUCCCAAAAAAAGGAGUUUCUCAUUUGGGGUUUCUCCUAAAACAAUAGUUCUGACAUCUGAGAAACAGACAGAAAUAUGCAUGUGAAGUAAAGAGCCAGCCUUAAUAGUAUUUUUGAAUAUUUUGAGGAGAAAAAAAAAGAAUAAACCUAAGAAUUGUUUACUGAUAUGAAGUAUAUUUGAACCUAGAGCUGCUUCAGUUAUGAUGAUGAAAUCCUCACUAGUAUCUGCUGUAUUCUGACUAUCAUGAGUCCAAACUGGGAAAAAUGUGAUGAUAACUAAUAGCAGUUUGUGAAAGAUGAGCCUUUGCAUCUUUUUGGAGCCUUUAUUUUUAUUUUCAAGAGACUGUUCUACUUUUUUGCUUGUGUAUAACUUGAUGCAAUGGCUGACAUAGUUUUGGUGUUUAAAUGGGGCUCCUGCUAUAGUAAAGGAACUUCAUGGUAAAGCUGUUCUCAGUGUUUUUGGAUCCGAUCUUUUUUGUUUGUUUCAAGAUAUUUUCUUGUGAUAUUAAAGGUAACCCGGAUGAAACGGGUGACUUCAACUAAACAAAAUCCUGGAGUUCUGAGGACAUGAGGAACUGUGUGUUCAUGAAGUUACCAGAUUAUUGUUUAACCUUUCCAAAGGGAAGAGAAAUGACAGCUUAACCUUUUUUAUUGUUUUAAUGAGCAGAGAUCAAACAGUACAUCGAGUUCACGUUUGUUUUCUACGUUCUCUUUCAGAAAGCUGAUUUAUUUCACGCUACACGGCGGUGCAGUGACAUCACCUCUCUGUGAUAAGAUUCUGGUUUGAAUCCCGACUGUGAUCUUUCCUUCUGAAAUUUGCAAGUUCUGAUGCAUGUAUAAGAUUUCCCCGGCUUCCUCUUACAGUCAAAAAAUUGGUGACUCUAAAUUGUCCUUAAGUGUGUAUGAGUGUGAAUACACCCAACAGUUUGCCCAGCAGUAGCUGGAUAGGCUCCAGCAACUCCAUGAGUCAGUUUUCUGACUUUCACUUUCGCACCAAAUGUUUUUUUUUUAAUUUAGUAGUUCUGCAUUUUCUGCUUUAGUAUAAAAGUUUGAUUUGUAUACUUCCCACCCAGGUGUAGCUCCCUCGCAUUAAAUGUCACCAGUGGGUUGACAGCUCAGCACUUUGAGGAGGAAGAACAAGCAGACGGGUUAUAGAAUACAUCUGCUCAUAUUUACACCUAAUCAGACACGUUCUAGCUCUUUGUGACCCGUUUCCUGUUUGACGCAGGCUCUCUUGUUCUCGUUUUGACGGCUCAAAGCGGCCGCCGCAGUCGUGUACGAGGUUAAUCUGAGGUUUUCCCAAACGAGGCGCAAACUUGCAUGCUUUUUGGGUCACCGGGGACCUCCGAGAGGAAACUAAUCUUGUUCAAGCUGUUGCCAAGCUGUAUGCAGAACAGGUCAUUUAUACUCGGCUGCAGGGAGGGGGGCAUGCUGGGAAGUUACACUUUCUAACAUCCACUUUCACAAUCAGAUGACGGAGAGGCCCAAAUGUCAGAUCAAAAUGAACAACUUCCUCAUGAUGUUGCCUUGAAAAUAAAAAUAAAAGCAUCUUUGAGGAAUAAAAUAUGCUUGACCAAAAUGAGUUUAUAUAUAAAAAAAAAUGUGAUUUGUCUUUGAAAUCUUAACCACAAUCGGAUCAGAAGCGUGCAGCGUUUGUUGAGGUUUCUCUGGAUGAGAGCAAUUUAUGGAGAACUUUGCUGAAGGCGGCAGACAAAUAAUUGAGCCGAGACUGGCACUUUACCUCACAUAGAGGACACUCAUGGGACACUUACAUAACCUUCAUGUGCACUCUGUACAGCUCUACUGCUGCGCUGUCAGUCGUCUUGCCGGCUAUAUUUAAAUGCUCUCUGUACCUGAGAAAUACGAGAUGUAGCCGAACUGUCUGUAGGUCCACCUGUUGUUUCUAUAGUGGCAACUGGCUGCCGGUGAGCAGUGGUUUGCAUGUCAACAUGCUAAUAAAGAUCAUUCCAUUUCAA